AUGGCAGCUUCAAAUAUGGCCCUGUUCAGCAUGGCAUUUUUGUGCAUAAUGUCCAUCGGUAGGUAAUCAAAUUCGACUAUGUUAUAUUCCCGUCUAAAUCACUUCAUGGUUAAAAAGAAUAAGUCCCAAAGGCUCGGAGAUCUUGGAUUAACUCAACACUUCACGCUUCAGUCCUCGCAAGUGCUACUACGAUUUCACGGCUCAACGUAUGUAACAACACGGCACGUUCGGUCAAAUUAGUGUAUCAUUUACGUUAGGUCAGCUUCAUUUGCCUCGCAAAUAAGUAAGUACAUAGCCAAAAAUCACUCCAGGAAUGCCUUAACAGUAAAAUUAAGCAAACAAAAAUUGGAAACAAAUGCUCGUUUUGAAAACUGAAACCACACUGAAUAGCAUGUCUCAGCAGAAGUAACUGUAAGCCAUAAACUAACAGCCCAAACUUUUUUGUCGUCAGACGUAAACAAGAAAACCAGCCGAAACGGAAAUUUUCAACCAUUAGUGAUUUCAACAAUGAUUAAUCGUUAGCCAUAGAAAACCCAAAGUAUUAAGCGUUGGCCGUAAAUGCCAAACCCCACAGACAGCUUGUGCUGCUUUUACAAACUAAGCUCGUGUAAGGCGGCGAAAUCCAGUUAGAAUUUUUUUAUCUUCUUGAGGGGUUGGUCAGUGGAUAGUACAUACCACUGUAGCAUAUACCACACUAGUGAAUACUGACUGGUGCUUUUCGCGAGCGCUAAAUGGGCGGGCUAGCUAGGCGGAGAUGUGAUCAGAAUGUCGGAGACUUUAGAUCCAACCAGGAGCCCAUAAUGUAACAAAACCUCCACAACGAGAUUAAUUGCGUGAAGUCGACCUCGUAUGCACGGCAAACAUGGAAACCAGAUUCUAUCUUCAAAAAAAGGAGGUACAAAAUAUUUUCGCCAGCUUGAUUUUGUCGAGUUGAGUUGAAAUGAUUGAAUUUAAGUCGGCCUGCUUGGGUGCGAUUUUUUCGGCUUAAUUAUUUUGAAUUUAUUUGCCUGUUUACAGUUGCUGCCCUUGAGUGCCCAGAUUGUACAAAUCUUCCAGUACCUGGGCAAAAGAGUUGUGAUAGCAAACCAGUCCCGACUAUCACAUGUGGUCCUGAAUUUGAUCGAUGUAUGACGGUAGAGGGUAAAAUCAAAGCACUGGAGAUUGUUUACAAGAACUGUUCCAACAGCUUUUUGUGUGACCCGGACAGCCCCUACUACAGUAAGUAACAGUAAUAAGAAGCAUUGAGCAACUAAAUGCAAUUUAACACCGAUUUAAAACAUGACGUUUCGAUAACUUUAAGAUUUGGUGGUAGUUAGUGGUUUUAUGUAACUGAAAAGAAGUAAGUUGAAGCGGAAAAUGUAAAAGAAAAUAGCUUACUAGUAUAGAAUACUACGAAAAUAGAGGAAGGACUCAGUGAUACUUUUUAGAACAGUUGUAGGCAUGAAACGUUUUAUCGAAAGGGUAUGGUUAUCAAAUAUUUUGCUAUCAUAAUUCCACUCAACGACCUUGAUUGUUUGUAGCCAUUUGGGCCAAUCUUAUUGGAGCACUGAAAUGAAAGGGACUACUCAGGAUGUCCGCACAUGUGGCAAAAUCUGAAUUCGUUUCUUUAUAAGGCUUCGUUUGUUUGCGGCCCUGAGAGGGUACUCAAAAACGUUUUAUACGGAAGGCUCCACCCCGAGCUCCAGCCCCUCACCCUUUUAAUUGCCAUUUUUGGCAGAAGAGGUACCCCUUUCGUAUACCUUCUAUUGACAAAUUGUACACCUUUCCGGCAUACCUAGUUUAGAACUUUGAAUCCCCUUUAACCGCUGUAAAUGCGCUGUCCUUUAACUAUAAGUAAAUCACCAGAAAGUUUUCUCGACUUCUUCAUAGCCAUGAAAUGCAUCUAUUAGCCAGUUUUGGAGCUUCUUACAAAACGAAAUGACUGAUUUCCCAACCCUUUCACACACCUUAGGAAGCUUCAACCUUCCCUACCCUCUCUUAUACCUGAAGUAAAAAAGGUACCCCUUUCGGGCGGAGCCCCCCUUGUAUAGGCCAUUAUAGGGAGUAUCCCCGGGGUUUGUUGCCGGUAUUAACAUAGACUACGAGUAGUCCCCCAUUUUUUCUCAGGGAUAGUAGAGCGAGCGAAGCGCGAGCGCGUGAAAAUCAGCCUACGCGAGAAAAGGCGACACGCGGCGGUGAUUGUCUCGCGUGGGGUGAUUUUCACGGGCGCUCGCGUUUCGCUCGCUCUACUAUCCCUGAGGAAAAAUGGGGAACUACUCGUAGUCUAGUAUUAACAAGUCAAUUCCUUAUGUUUCAUAGUGUGUAAGUUGCUGAACGAGACUGGCUUCAUGUCCUCAUGUUCAGUAACCUGUACUCAACCAAGCAAUAUCCAGGAAAUUCCGGAACUGGAGAAAUGGAACGUAGGAGUACGGGGGAUGAAACCCGAGCCAAGUGACCAUGAAAAUAAAAAAUUCAAGCGCCGGGCAAAGAAUCCAUUUCAUCCAUCGCGUGAAGAGUGA